GUUCUAGCUGCCCGUGACACAUUCGACAAGCGGCGCCGUAACGGGAAACAACGCGCGGCUAGGGACUUGGAAGAAUCCUCACCUCACCUCCUGACCUAAGAGGAAAUCACACACUCCACCCUCAUCACUAGCACACAUCGUUUACGUUAAAGAUCGUGACGUUUCUCGGGUACCCAUCUAACAACUCUCUGGUGGUAGUGAAUUUAAAUUUUCCGAUCAUAUCAGACCUCUAGUCGAAAUAAAACAAAACGUAUUUAUGGUUUAAGCUCAAGUGAUUUAUCAGUUUAUUACUUUGUUAAUUUUUCUAAUUAAUAAAUUUUUUAUUUUAAUCUUAAUUGUUAUUUUUGUUGUCGGCAACUUUAAUAAUAUCAAUAAAUUUAGUGCGAAAAUAAUGUGAUGAGUAAACAUCGAAAUAAUCCAGCAAUGAUUUGCAAAACUCAUUUUAAAAUUGGAGUGAUCAUACAAUUUAUUUUUUUUUAAUUUAAAAAAAUAAUUGAGGUGCCGUGAUUUAAGACAGAAAAACUUGGCAAGUGUUCUCAUCUCCGAUGAACAGUAAAAAAUUUAUUGUCUGUCUAAAAAAUAGUUACCAAGUGAAAUAAAAGAAGUUGAAAGAAAAAUUAUUUUGAAGCAAUAGAUUAAAAGAAGUGGUUCUACGGCUUCAUCACGCGUUCCGACGAGUGGAGCGGUCUCCUGCCCAGCUCCACUAUUGUGGGUGCUGGGGGGUCACCAUGGUUAGGCUUAGGAGCUGGUGGUGGCGCGGGCGCAACCACUGGAGGUGGCAGUCCUGUAGAGUUAGAAGGACACUGGGGAAGAAAAUUGUACGGUGCAAGUGUUGCUCCACCGCCUCCGCCACCGCACCAUCAUCCACGAGCAGCACCGCUGGUAUUUGCGCCCCAAGAUAUGAGACAAAUUCUCAAAGAAGAGCCCGUGCCACGUGCUUGGCCGCAACCUGCUCUUGCUGACAAUGCAUCGGUUGGCGUUGGACGAGCACAUUUCGAGAAACAACCACCAAGCAAUUUAAGGAAAAGUAAUUUCUUUCAUUUCGUUAUCGCUCUUUACGAUCGUAGUGGCCAGCCAAUCGAAAUUGAAAGAACUGCGUUCAUCGGGUUUGUUGAGAAGGACCAGGAAUCCGAGGGACAAAAAACAAAUAAUGGAAUUCAAUAUAGACUGCAAUUACUUUACGCCAAUGGCCAUAGGCAAGAGCAGGAUAUUUUUGUGAGACUUAUCGAUUCGUCAACAAAACAGGCAAUCAUGUAUGAAGGUCAGGAUAAAAACCCGGAAAUGUGCAGAGUUCUACUUACCCAUGAAGUUAUGUGCAGUCGGUGCUGUGACAAAAAAAGUUGCGGUAAUAGAAAUGAAACACCAAGUGAUCCCGUUAUCAUCGACCGGUUCUUUCUCAAGUUCUUCCUCAAGUGUAACCAAAAUUGUCUCAAAAAUGCUGGCAAUCCGAGAGAUAUGCGACGAUUUCAGGUUAUCAUUUCAACACAAGUGGGAGUAGACGGUCCACUACUUGCUGUUUCGGAUAAUAUGUUUGUCCACAAUAACAGUAAACAUGGGCGUAGAGCUAAGCGGUUGGAUCCGAGUGAUCACGGAGAGUACAAUAGUUUAUACCCAGCACUACCAUUGCAAACUCCCUGUAUAAAAGCAAUAUCUCCAAGUGAAGGUUGGACUUCAGGUGGAUCAACGGUAAUCAUAAUCGGAGAACAUUUCUUCGACGGCUUACAAGUGGUCUUUGGAUCUAUGCUAGUUUGGAGUGAGCUAAUAACGGACCAUGCUAUAAAAGUUCAAACGCCACCACGGCAAACUCCUGGUGUAGUCGAAGUGACGUUGUCGUAUAAAAGUAAACAAUUUUGUAAAGGUUCGCCUGGGCGAUUCAAUUAUGUUUCGUUAAAUGAGCCAACCAUAGCAUACGGGUUCGAUAGACUGCAAAAGUUAAUUCCAAGACACCCGGGAGAUCCCGAAAAAUUGCCAAAAGAAAUAAUCCUUAAAAGAGCUGCUGAUUUGGCGGAAGCUCUGUACAACAUGCCGAGAACAACAACAACAGGUAAUUCAGGAAUCAGUGGUGGGGCACCGAGAAGUCCAGGGUCAAACCAUGUACCUGUACCGCCGACAUCGAGCUCUGCCAAUACAUCUUUUAAUUCUUAUACAGGUCAAUUGGCAGUCACUGUACAACAGCAAGAAAAUGGUAGUAGCAGUACAGCAAAAUGGACCGAUGACGGAAAUACUGGAAGCACGGGGGCUAGUGGUGUUGAAAGAGGAGGAAGUAGUAGUAGCAGCAGCAGUAGUAGCAGUAGCGGCAGCGUAGGUGGUAGUAUUGACACAUAUCGACAAAGUAGUAGGGCAAGUCCAAGAGGAAUGAUAAGCAACAGCGGUGGAGGUGGUGAAGCUCCUGGUGGUAGUAGCUUUUGUGGAAGUACUCCGAGUACACCACACAGUCAUACAACUAGUGGAAGUUAUUCAGCUGUGGUUAAUCCAUACACUAUCAGUCCAACCUUCUACACUUCUCCGCACGAACAAUAUGGAAUUUUCUAUUCGUCUGGUGAUGUGGGAGGUGGGAGUGCAUUUGCCCCCGUAGUCAGACAACCAGCCACAACUGUUUCAGUUUCAUCACCACAUUGGUCCACACAACACCACCUUGCCACAGCUGCUCAGUAAAUUGUUUCGCGUAUGUUCAUGACCACGCACUCUAUGUAUAUUGUUAUCGUCAUUUCCAUUACAAGAACUGUGAAGAAUUAGGCUUACUGAAUUUUUACAUGAGGAAACUCAAUUCAAAAUUAGACCAAACAACGUUUGCAAUCAUUAAUUAAUGAAUUGAUGAUGUACGUAUGUGAUGAUUUUAGUUAUAACGGUGGUGAUAAACUAAUUUUGUAAUGAUAGAGAAAGAUGAUUACAUGCAAUAUAGCUGUCGCUUAUGCUAUUAUUGUGAAAGUUACGUGAAAAAACUGACUAAAUAAACGGUGAAAAUAGUUUUUGAUUUAUGUACAUCUAUUUACUUUCUUUUAGUAUUUAUUUUUUCAUAAUUGAUUAAAUUUUAAUGUAAGAUAAGUAGGAAUAAAGAACUUAAAUAUCAAAAUAGAUUACAUUAAUCUCAUUUCUAUGUAACUAAUUUCAUUAAAAACUUAUGCCUGUAAUUAUCAUGUUAAUAA